GCGGUUUCUCAACGUUCUUGUAGUAAAGUAGAUGUUAAGUACACCCACAUCACAUACUCAAGUCCCCAUUACAUGUGCGCAUCAACAUGUGUGAUUAAGUGAAUGAACAUCGGCAACAGUAUCAGAAAAGCUCUAAAGGCAAUAGUUCCAGCUGCUGUAGCACAGUCGCAUCUUGGCGCUGUUAGUGGUAACAUCAGUGUUAUCCCUGUCAGUGCUGUCUUUGAACUUUUAUCACGUUUUGACUCACUCCCACGCGAACGACUUCUUCGGUCCAAUUUGUGAGGAGAUGAAGUGUUAAGUGCUCGAUCGCAUACCCUGCAAAAGACGGAUUAAUGAUCAUUUGCAAGAACAUGUUACUUAGAAGUUUAGAAGUCAAGUGUAUAUUACUUUUGGGGGUAUUUUCAGUCAGUGAUGCAGACCCUAGCAGAUAUAGUAGAAACAACAAUCACCAUUCGUCGGAUUCGGAAAACUCGCUCCAACCCCUGACACCCGGAGGCCCCAACGUAUGCAAAAGCAGAUACCGCACUUUCUGCUGCCCCGGCUGGACCCGACAUAACCUCCUCGGCUUGUGCAUAGUCCCAAUUUGUUCUAGAUCUUGUGGGCCAGGAAGAUGCGUUCAGCCCAACCUCUGCCUCUGCGAAAACGGCCGCCAAUCCACCAGUUGCUCCCGCUCUUACCAACACGCAGGAGAUGGUAAAUCUUGUCGAGCCAUUUGCAUGAACGGAGGCACCUGCACGGACGGCAAAUGCGUCUGCGCACCAGGCUACAGCGGCGAAUUUUGCACCGAACCCAUCUGUCUGGAAGCUUGCAAGAAUGGAGGUAGAUGCAUCGGGCCCGACCGCUGCGCUUGCAUGUACGGGUUCACGGGCAACCACUGCGAGACGGAUUACAGGACUGGUCCGUGUUACACUGGGGCACAUAACGCUUUGUGCGUCAACCAGCUGGAAGGCGUGGUUUGCACGAAGACGCUGUGUUGCGCGACGGUAGGGAAAGCCUGGGGACACCCGUGCGAACACUGCCCCUCGCGGCUAGAGUGCGAAAUCGGCUUCCUCAAGAACCAGAAAACGGGAGAAUGUGUUGAUAUCAACGAGUGCGAAGCUAUUCCUCAUUUGUGUAUCGGUGGCCAGUGCGUCAACUCAAUUGGGUCCUUCACGUGCGAGUGUCCUGAAGGACAAGCCAGAAACCCCAAAACCAACAAGUGCGACGACCGGAAUGAGUGCGAAGACGAAACCAUCUGUUUGGACGGAAGAUGCGUCAACACAGACGGGUCCUACUUUUGUUUGUGCAACCCCGGGUUUAUUCAAAGUCAGGAUAAGAAGUUCUGCAUCGAUGGGCGACAAGGGUUGUGUUAUACUCAUCGGUCGCCUCAAGGGUACUGCCGAAACAACUUGCCGAUGCGUCUUUCCAAAAAGGAUUGCUGCUGUGGGGUUAACAUGGGUGAAGGAUGGGGCGACGAUUGUUCCAGGUGUCCUAAAUAUGGCGAAGAUGAACACAGGAGGUUGUGCGCGGGACCUACGCAUCCGGGAAAGGGUCCAGAUCCAUUGUCACCCAUUAGGAAACCAGACGGAGAGGGUCGGCCGGACAACCAUACCAAAAGUCCCCCGUUGAUCCCUAUCAAUGAGUGUAUUCUGCGACCGGAUAUAUGCGGCGAAGGGCAAUGUAUUGACACGUACGAAGGAUAUGAGUGUAUUUGCAAGAUGGGAUAUCGAAAAGGGCAUAGACAAGUGUGUGAAGAUAUUGACGAAUGCAGCGAGGGCAAGUGUCAAAACGGCCGGUGCACCAACACCCCCGGGAGCUUCACGUGCGUUUGCCCGCCAGGGUUUGACGUUUCGCCUGAUGGUACCGUCUGCACAGACCACGACGAGUGUAGGGAAAUCGGGAUGUGUACCAACGGUAUUUGCAUCAACAUGGAUGGUAGUUUCAAGUGUCAGUGUAAAAGCGGUUUCAAACUAUCCCCCACUGGAUUUGCUUGCAUAGAUAUCGACGAAUGCUACGAAAACCCCCGAAUAUGUUUAAACGGAAGAUGCAACAACAUCCCGGGCUCUUACACUUGUACCUGCCUUCCAGGCUUCAUCGAGUCCAGUGACCGGACUUUCUGCAGCGACUUAGACGAGUGUAUAAACACAGGAAUGUGUGACCAUGGAAGAUGCAUCAAUAUGGAAGGGUCGUUCCGUUGCGUCUGCGACUCUGGGUACCGUUUGGGACCAGACGGUAAACACUGCAUCGAUAUUGACGAAUGCAUAACCGGCCCUUGUCAAUUCGGUACUUGCUACAACACGCCCGGGAGCUUCCGGUGUGAGUGCCACCCAGGCUUCAGUCUCGGUCCCGAUGGUCGCUCAUGUCUGGACACCCGACGCGACUUGUGUUACCAAGAGUACCGCGACGGUCUUUGCUUCAACCCGUCGACGACCGCAGUAACCCGAUCGAGUUGCUGCUGCUGUACCAUCAUUUCCGGCAAACCGAUGGGUUGGGGUACUAAUUGCCAACCCUGUCCAAUGCCUGGCACUUCCGACUUUGACGCUCUUUGUCCGCACGGUCCUGGGUCCACCUUCGACGGUAACGACAUCAACGAGUGCGCCCAAAACCCCAACAUCUGUCAAAACGGUGCCUGCGAAAACAUGAUCGGUACUUACAGGUGCAUUUGCAACCCUGGGUUCGAAGUAGACGAAACGGGGAAGAUUUGUACCGAUAUUAACGAGUGUGAAGUGGAGCAAUUGGUGUGCAGUGGCGGGCAGUGUCGGAACACCCCUGGGAGUUUUCAAUGCACUUGUCCCACGGGAACCCAACUGAGCCCUCACACUUUCGUGUGCGAAGACGUCGACGAGUGUAAAGAAUUGGGACCCGAGGCGUGCUUCAAUGGAGAGUGUGUGAAUACGUUUGGGUCGUACAAGUGCGAGUGUGACUCAGGGUCCAUACUGGAUAACACGGGGAGGGUUUGUAUAGACAACCGCAAAGGGUCGUGUUGGACGAAACUCAACCACGGUAGGUGCGAAAACAACCUCCCUCAACUCAGUCGACGAUCUGAGUGUUGUUGUUCCAUUGGGGUGGCUUGGGGCUCACCCUGUGUGCGCUGCAGCCGCCAAGAAUGCGACUGUCCCAAAGGCUACGCGAAAGUAGACGGCAAAACCUGCGCUGAUAUUAACGAGUGUGACCUUCACCCGGAUAUUUGUCGAGGUGGUACCUGCGUCAACACGGAUGGAAGCUUCACGUGUACUUGUCCCCCAGGACUCACCCUAGACGAGACUCGUUCGUUCUGUGUGGAUAUAAGACAAGAGCAAUGUUACGUUCGCUACAAGCACGGGAAGUGCACCAACCCCAUUGAUGGUCUCUUCCACAAAAACUUGUGUUGUUGUACGUCUAUCGGAAGAGGCUGGGGCGAGAAAUGCGAACCUUGUCCCAGACCCGGUACUCCAGCUUUCCUGGAACUGUGUCCCAAGGGACAAGGGUUCAUCGAGUGGAAGGACAUCAACGAGUGCACGGAAUUCCCCGGGAUGUGUCAAAACGGAAGGUGUAAGAACACGAUAGGAGGGUACAGCUGCCGGUGUAACAAAGGGUACGACUACGACGAUAACCGAAUCAAGUGUGUGGAUAUCGAUGAGUGUAGCAUCACCACCAGCAACGUCUGCGGAAACGGGGUAUGCAAAAACAUCCCAGGCGACUUCAUCUGUGAGUGUAAUGAAGGCUUCAGAACCAUGGCACCGAUGCAGAUUUGCAUGGACAUCGACGAGUGCGACGAAAUCCCGGGUCUUUGUAGAGGUGGCCAUUGCCUCAACACCGACGGGUCAUACAAAUGCGAAUGUCCCCCGGGUCACGAGCUAGCCCCCGACAAGAAAUCCUGCAAAGACAUAGACGAGUGUUCCAGGACCAGCGGCAUCUGCUCGAAUGGCGUCUGCGAAAACAUGAUGGGAACGUACCAGUGUGUCUGCAACGAAGGGUACCGCCAAACUGGGUUAAAGUCGCACUGCGAGGACAUCGACGAGUGUGACGACGAACCAUGCGACGACAUUUGUAUCAACACACCUGGAAGCUACUCAUGUUCAUGCGGAUCAGGGUACUCCCUCAUGCUUGACGGCAAAACUUGUAUGGACGUCGACGAGUGUAAAGAAAACCCGAGGAUUUGCAACGGCGGCAAGUGUACGAAUACCAUCGGAAGCUACAUUUGUCACUGUACCGCUGGUUUGCUUCCUGGAACGGGUGGAACCUCGUGCUUAGACAUCGACGAGUGCAAGCAGAACCCGAACAUUUGCGGCAACGGGGAGUGUGUUAACACUCUUGGGUCCUUCCAGUGUCGGUGCGAGGACGGGUAUUCAGUGAAACCCGAAGGGGGACCGUCGUGUAGUGACGACGACGAGUGCUACUUGGGUUCGUUCAACUGCCACAUCAACGCGGAUUGCAUCAACAACCCGGGGUCGUACCAGUGUAGGUGCCAAGACGGCUUCACCGGUAAUGGUAUUAGUUGCAGGGACAUCAACGAAUGUCUCACUAACAAUGGUGGUUGCGACCAAAACGCCCAGUGUAUCAACACUGACGGUUCCUUCAGGUGCGAGUGCGACUCUGGGUUCAAAGGGGACGGCUACAGCUGUGUCGACAUCGACGAGUGUUUGAACGACCCAAGUCUUUGCGAAAACGGGCAAUGCUUGAACUACCCUGGUUCGUUUAGGUGUGAAUGUGAAAUGGGGUUUAUGCACCCAGACGAACGAAACGACCAAUCCUGUGUUGAUAUCAAUGAGUGCAGCAUGUUUAACAAUUUGUGUGUUUUUGGGAAGUGUGAAAACACGUUUGGGAUGUUUAGGUGUGAUUGUCACGAUGGGUACAAGUUGGAUGGGUCUGGGGGUAACUGCACGGAUAUUGACGAGUGCGAGAGCCCCCAGAGUUGUCUUUAUGGAAAGUGUACCAAUGUGGAGGGAGGGUUUAGGUGUAUUUGUCCACCCAACUAUGAACUGGUAGCUGAAGGGAAUGCCUGCAUUGAUCGGCGAACCUCCCGGUGCUACCUUCAUCUUGACCAAGGUAGAUGUGAAUCCCCUACCGCUGAUUACGUCACGAAGGCCGCUUGUUGUUGUUCGGUGGGUAGGGCCUGGGGUCCUCAUUGCGAGCACUGUCCGUCGCUUGAUAGUCUCGAGUACCAGGAGUUGUGUCCGGGUGGGAUGGGCUACAAACCCAACGAUCUCACAGUGGUUCUAGAAGACAUCAACGAAUGCGAAGAACACGAAAACAUUUGUAAAAAUGGCCACUGCACUAACACCUUUGGUAGUUUCAUGUGUUCGUGCAAUGAAGGUUUCCGUCUGGACGAAACCGGCUUCAUGUGUUUAGAUAUCGAUGAGUGUUUGGAAAAUCCCGGGAUUUGUAACGUGGGUGAAUGCAUUAACGAGCCCGGGAAGUACUAUUGUCAAUGUCCUGAAGGGUACAUGCCUCUACCUGGACGAAGGGAAUGCGUGGAUAUGAGAAAGGAUCUGUGUUUCUUGAACUAUAGCAGAUGGAGGUGUUCCACCCCCAUGACCCAGAACCAAACCCGCAAAGUUUGUUGUUGUUCCAUGGGAGAAGCAUGGGGACAACCGUGUGAACCUUGUCCAUUGCCAGGCACCAGUGAGCAUUUUGCGUUGUGUGGGGGAAGACCCGGGCAAAUCGUCAACCCUAUGACCAAUGAAACUAUAGAAAUCAACGAGUGCGACUUGAUGCCGUCCAUGUGCAAGCACGGUGAGUGCAUGAACACACCUGGAAGCUUCGAAUGUCAAUGCAAUCGAGGGUACAUUUACGACGCCAAUUCCCACCAAUGUAUUGACGAUAACGAGUGUCUAAGAAACCCGUGUGAGGGCAAUGCGCAAUGUAUUAACCUCCCGGGUAGUUUCGAAUGUAAGUGUCCCGAAGGGUACAAACACGGUUCGACCUUCAUGGACUGCGUCGACAUUAACGAGUGUAUUGAAAAACCCAACAUCUGUCAAAACGGGGAUUGUAAGAACCUUCAAGGGAGCUUCCAGUGUAUUUGUAACCCCGGGUACCUACUCACUCCAUCCAGGGACACCUGCAUCGACGUCGACGAGUGUAUAAGGCACCCUAACAUAUGCAACAAUGGUUCUUGCUUGAACAUGGUAGGCCAGUACAAGUGCCACUGCAACGCCGGGUUCAAACUGAGCAACAACAACGACUGCGUGGACGUCGACGAAUGCCACAUGAUGCCAUUUUUGUGCAGAAAUGGUAGGUGCAAAAACACUUUGGGUUCUUUCACUUGUGAGUGUGCCACUGGGUACACUUUAUCCGCUGAUGGACACAACUGUCGCGACGUGGAUGAGUGCCACGAAGUACCCGGAACCUGUUUACCCCCCGGUCGUUGUACCAACGUCAUGGGGUCCUUCGUAUGUACCUGCCCCAACGGGUACGAACUCAGCCCUCUCACCAACUUAUGUGAAGACAUCGACGAGUGUGUGGUCAAUCCCGGAAUUUGUGAAAACGGGGUUUGUACCAAUACGGACGGUGGCGCGUUUUGUACGUGUCCAGAAGGGUUCAUUCUUGACCACAAUACCAUGAAGUGUAUCGACAUACGACAGGAGCAGUGCUAUGAUUCGUUCAAUAGAGGACAGUGUUCAAUCCCCAGAGGGAUGCAACUAACAGAAAAAGAGUGCUGUUGUUCCAAAGGGGAAGCUUGGGGGCGGGAGUGUGAGCGUUGUCCGGCUGAAGGGUCUACUCAGUUCUUGAAACUUUGUCCCGAAGGAUUGGGUCGGAUGGAUACUGGAAGCGACCUCAACGAGUGUGAAUUGAUGCCGAAUAUUUGCGAAGGAGGGGAGUGUGUUAAUACGGAUGGGUCCUUUAGGUGUGAGUGUCCGAUGGGGUAUAUUCUGGAUUCCACUGGUCGGAAAUGUGUUGACGAAAAUGAGUGCAUUACGAAUCCGAAUGUGUGUGGAAAUGGGACUUGCACUAACGUAAUUGGGGGUUUUGAGUGUAGUUGUGGUGAAGGUUUCGCACCUGGACCUCUUCAGGUGUGCGAGGACGUAAACGAGUGCCACGAAAUGGGCAACCAAUGCGCCUUUAGAUGCCACAACGUCCCCGGCUCCUUCAGAUGCAUCUGCCCCUACGGAUACGCAUUAGCCCCUGAUGGAAGACACUGCCAAGACGUCGACGAAUGCAUAACCCCCGCCAACAACUGCAAAUUCCAAUGCAAGAACCUCAUUGGUUCAUUCAUGUGCAUCUGCCCCGAAGGCUACACCCAAGUUGGCUUAACCGACGACUGCCGAGACAUCAACGAGUGCGCCGUCAACCCCAACAUGUGCGAAAACGGCGAAUGCGUCAACCUCCAAGGCUCCUUCAGGUGCGACUGCUACGACGGCUACGAACCCACACACGACAGAAGACGAUGCAUAGACCGAAGACAGGGAGUCUGCUUCAGGAAGUUGAUCCACGGCCGCUGCACCACCCACAAUCGCGAAAUCAAACAAGUAACAAAAGCGGAUUGUUGUUGUUCCAUGGGGGAAGCGUGGGGACCGCAGUGCGAGCUUUGCCCCUCGAAAUACUCACCCCAGUACCAGGAACUUUGCCUAGACAGCGGUUUCACAGUGGAUGGACAAGAUGUCAACGAGUGCGAAACCAUCCCGGAUUUGUGUCGCAACGGACAAUGCAUUAACACCAUGGGUUCCUACCGGUGUAUUUGUAACAAAGGGUUCAAAGCGGAUGCGUCUGGGUUGUUCUGUCUGGAUAUCAACGAGUGUGAGCACAGAUCGCCUUGUCAACACAUCUGUAGAAACACAGAAGGCAGUUUUGUUUGUUCGUGUCCACCUGGGUAUUUGUUGAACGCCGAUGGUCUGACCUGUAGGGACUUGGAUGAGUGUGCUACUGGUCAACACGUGUGUCAGCACACUUGUGUCAACACCCAAGGGAGUUACUCUUGUUCUUGUCCCAAAGGGUACAAUCAAAUCGGUGAUGAUUGUCAAGAUAUAAACGAGUGUAAAGAGGAUAUCGGGAUGUGUCCUAAACCUGGUCGUUGUGUCAACACCUUGGGGAGCUUCAAGUGUAUUUGUCCUAGACGAUUUAAGCUUGACAAGAGUGGCAGUUACUGUAUAGAUGCAGAUGAGUGUACUGAUGACGGGAAAUGUCCAGAAGGUUGCCAAAACUUGAUCGGUGGGUAUAGGUGUGGUUGUCCGGAUGGCUAUGUCUUACACUACUAUUAUAAUCAAUGCGUGGAUGAUAACGAGUGUGCUAAUAACCCAUGUGGUACUAGUGGUAACUGCUUCAACACUCCUGGUAGCUACAGAUGUGGGUGUCCUGAUGGGUACCAGUUUGACAAUAAACUGAGUAUUUGUAUCCAGGUGAGUGCUGGGUGCAGUGGUGCCCCUUGUGCCUUCGGUUGUACAUCUUCGGGUUCAGCCGGAUUUGCUUGUGGUUGCCCACAAGGCUACCAACGCAUCGGCCAAGGCCACUGUCUUUCCACGAUCACUCCAGCUACAGUUGGCUAUGGACAAGACCUAGGGGACGUCCCUACGUACACCAUCAACGAAGGCUACGGAUCCGCAUCAAACGACAAGCUUAUAACGACUGAAGGCUGCUUCUCCUGCAAGGUCAACGGUCGACAUAGACGCAACUCCAGACACUACAAACUGAGUCUCGAAUCGAGUUCGAACGGCACCCACACCAUGAAGCAACUCUUCAAAAGAUCCAGACGAUUUCGCAGACACCACCACGGCGAAGAUCUAGAAUUGAAGAUCAGUCUAGCCCAAACUAGACACAGAAUGAGAAUAAUCAAACUCCAGCCUGCCAUCAAGCGCGACGUGGAGUACAUGAUCGUUCGAGGUAACGAAAACGGCAAGUUCGAGUUGGUGAAGAAGCACGGAGUUUGGGCUUUGCAUUUCCGGCGACGGCUUAAGCACCCCGGAGCUUUCGACUUGUUGGUUCACGGAAGACCGGUAAAUAGUGAUAAUGGUAGCAACGAUGUCAGUUACGACAAACCGUUAACACUGAGAGUGCGACUGAUUGUUACCGAGUGAGGGGUUUUCUUGCGUUGGCAGUUAGGUAAAGUUGUUUUUAAUAUUGCUUAAGAGUCGAUGAGUUUGUAAAUUAAACACGACCGCACUUGCUACCGAAACGACGAAUAGUCGUUUUUAUAAAAUAUACUUUCGCAACACAUUCAAAUGUGAUAGGAAACCGUCAUUUUGUAAGUCGAACGGUGAAACACACUGCCAAAUUUCAUGUGUUCUUUUUUGUAACCUUUUUUGUGCAAUGCGCUGCCCGUCUUUGGUACUCGAGUUAUUUCGUGUUCAUUUUUUAUGAGGAAGUAAUUUUACAAUAUACAUGUUUUUAUAAUAAGCUUUAUAAUAAACUUUAAAGUAUUACUACAGAAUUAUAUGAGUAGAACAUAUUUAUAUGUAUAGUUAAGUAUUUAAUUAGUUACCUAAAAUUUUUAUUUUAUAAAGAAAUCCUUGUAAUAUAUUUGCUUUCUCAGUAAUAAAAUAUCUUUGCAUACACAAACCGGUCUUUUUUUUACCCACUGAUUUGACAUAUACCUAGUAAAACCCAUAGAAGUUGUAGAUAAGCGAAGAAAAAUGUUGCUGUCUC